UUGUUACAGUUGAACAAUGCUAUUAAAAGACAGAUGUGUUAAUGUGUGUGAACGACACAUUUAUUUGCAGACAGGCAGCUCUCUGCUAUUUAAAGACUGACAGAACCCAUGUAGACAUACAGCUCUGGUUUCAGUCACAGGUCAGAGACCUCUUUUCCUCCUGCCCUCUUCAGCAACAACAACAGACCCUCCUUUAAUCUGCAGGGACGCCACAGACGAGUAGAGGGAACCACAACGACGACACAACACAAAACCACAAGGGCCAGGACGUUUAUGGGGACACCAUGGAGUUUGUGCAGAUUCGAACAGAGGAUGAGGACGAGGAUGAUGAUGCAGUGACUCAGUACAUGAUUGAACAAAGUCUGCUGGAGAGCAACAAACAGAAAGAAACCCACAGAGACUCCACGACACGAGACAACACGAGCUCCAAGCCUGAGGCUGCAGGCAGCAGCGCGAUCUUCACUGCUAUAAGACAAGGUAACGAGAAGCUCCUGAAGGACCUGAGCGUCCGACAGAAAGACAAGUUUUCACAGACAGACAGCCGAGGUUGGACUCCUCUCCACGAAGCAGCAGCUCAGAGUAACCACACUAUCCUGGAGCUCACGUUCAAAGUUUCAGGCCGAGACUCCAUGGAGAGUCGUACUCUGCGUGGUCAGACUCCUCUCUACGUGGCAGUGGAAGCAGGUAUGGUGGAAAACGCCUCCUUCCUCCUCCAACACGGAGCCAAGCCGGACAGCGAGGACCAAGACCAGGACUCUCCGCUGCUUGUAGCAAUCCGCUCAGAGCGCACUGACCUGAUCAAGCUGCUGCUCCAUCAGGGCUCCAGGGUGAACCAGCAGGGCUGCUACGGCCGCCGCCCCCUCCAUGAGGCCGCACGGCUGGGUAAAGCAGAGCUGGUGACUCUGCUGCUGGAUGCCGGAGCGCAGCCGGACCCUGCCAGCCACUACGGCCUCACGCCGCUCGCUCUGGCCGCUCAGGCAGGACAUGUGGAGGUGGUGGAGACUCUGCUGAGGAGAGGAGCAGACGUCCUGUCCCAGGCGCAGGACGAAGCCUCCAUCUUGUACGAGGCGUCUUUGACUGGAGAUCCAGCUCUCAUCAGUCUGUUGCUGGAAUUUGGCGCUGACGCUAAUGUGGCCAAACUCACAGGACAUAUGCCGAUCCACCGCGUCGCACAAAGAGGGCAUCUGCAAGCUCUGAAGCUGCUGAUUCCUGUCACUUCUAAGGAAGAAGUAAACGACAGCGGGAUGAGUCCUCUACACUCUGCUGCUGCAGGAGGACACACAGACUGUAUCAAGACCUUGCUGGAUGCAGGUUAUGACCCAAACUACAUGCUCCUUUCCUGGGUUCGCCGUAACUAUGACGACGAGAGGAAGUCAGCGCUCUUCUUUGCUGUCUUGAAUAACGAUGUGCCGUCAGCCAAACUGCUGCUGGAGGCCGGGGCGAUGCCCAACCAAGACCCAGUCAAAUGUUUGCAGAUUGCUUUGCGUGUGGGCAACUAUGAGAUGAUCGACCUGUUGCUGAGGUUUGGAGCCAACGUCAACUAUUACUGCAAAGUAAACACAACCCACUUCCCCUCAGCCAUGCAGUACGCUUUUAAGGACGAGGUGAUUCUCAGGAUGCUGUGUAAAUAUGGUUAUGAUGUGGGGCGCUGUUUUGACUGUCCCUAUGGCAGCGGCUCCCACAUCCCUGAAGACUACGAAGGAUGGAGCAACUCUGUGAUCAAAGACACCAUGUUCUGUGAGGUGAUCACCGUCUCGUGGCUGACGGACCUCUCAGGUGAGGUGGUCCGCAUCCUGUUUGACUACCUGGAUCACGUGACCAUGUGCUCCAAGCUGAAGGCAGCUGUGAUGGAGCAGAAGCAGUGGCCUGAGAUCUGCAGGCUGCAGGAAAACGCCCGCAGUCUGAAGCAUCUCUGUCGUCUGAAGAUCCGUCGUUGUCUCGGUCGCCUCCGUCUGAGAUCUGCUGUCUUCAUGAGCUUCCUGCCGUUACCGGAGCGAUUGAAGGAUUACAUCCGGUACCGGGAGUACGACCUGUACAACCGGCAGAGCAGCACCCCGGGGUGACGGAUUCAAUUCAGAGACAGUUAUAUAUGAACAUAUAAAAAAAAUGCAGACUUUCAAAAUUACACUUAAAGUCACUUUUUUUCUGCUUGUUAACUUAUUUUCCGCACCUUACACCUAUUUAAAAGUUUUUAAUGUAUUUUUUUAUUUAAAAAAAAAAAGUUUUCCCCUCUCGAAAGACAGUGUGUUAUAAUUGUGUAUGGAGUCAUAUGAGUGCCAUAAAAAAAUAUAAAUCUGUAAAAGAAUAAGACAUUCAUUUUGAAUUAAAAAGAUAAUAAUUUUGAUUUUUAAAAAAAAAUCAAAAUUAAAAUGUGGAAAUAUAUAGAGAAAUAAAAGAAUAAAUAAAUUAGGUAAUAAAAAGACAAAAAUAAAAACAGA